GGCUUUAUUCUUUGUCGCUUGUUUAAUAAAGACUUGCCCCCAACAUCACAUAGGAUUGGCUCCUUCAUGUCUGAAGAAACAAGUUUAGAUAAGCGAGUUUGGGGUAGAUCCGGAGUGACAGAGCUGGAUUUGACUGGCCCACCUGAAAGCUUUUUUGAGGAAGAAGAAAAUGAAAAACAAAUACUGUUACCGCCUCUAGGAAUGGUGUUUGACACUGAAGCAUUUGAGACGGCAUCUAACUCAAGUAAACAAACAAUAUCUGAGAUUGAAUUUAUUGAGGUUGAAGCUUCACAAAGAUGGCCAGAGGGUUUACAGGUUGAGGAAAUGGAACAAGAAGCAGUAAGUACUUUGAAAACUCAAGGAGUGUUUGAUGUUGAAGCAGUUAAGAUGGCUGAAUCUAGUGGACAAAUGAAAUUUCAGAUUGCAGACAAAGAGAUGGAGCCUGAAGCAGAUCGACCUCAGGAAGCUCAACAAUUUCUGAUGCAGGUUGGUUUAAGAUUAACUGAGCCACCAAAGGAUGAGGAUUGGGAAAAUGCCAAUGAGAUUUACUUGAUGGACAAUGAGUUGUCUGUUUUACCAGAGAAUCCAAAGUGUCCCAAGUUGUCUGCACUGUUCCUUCAAAGAAACUACAAAUUGCGAUUGAUUCCUCCCGCAUUUUUUAAUUACAUGCCUGCUCUUCAAAUCCUGAACUUAUCCGGGACUAAUAUCAAGUCUUUACCCAAUUCCAUUAUCAGAUUGGUCAGCCUAAAAAGACUCUUUCUAAAUGAUUGUCAUUGUUUCAUGGUGUUGUCACCCAAAAUUGGAGAACUCAAGCAGCUUGAGGUUCUUAGUCUUGAAGGGACAGAGAUUAUGGAUUUACCUCCGGAUAUUAAGAAGCUAACUAAUCUGACAUGUUUGGAAGUUUCAUUUUGUGAAUGUCAGAGUAAUUGUAAGCAAGCCAUGCAAUUAAAUGCAGUGGUGCCUUGUGGGGUAAUUUCUGUACUGUCUCAGUUAGAGGAGUUGGAUAUUAAUGUUGAUCCAGAUGAUGAGCGGUGGGAUGCGUGUGUGGAAGAUAUUGUUAAUGAAGUAUGCACCUUAAAGAGGUUGUACUCUCUUAAAUUCUAUUUCCAAAGGGUGGAACUUUUAAGUCACAUUCAGUGGAAUAUCCCAUCGCUGUUAUAUUUCAGAUUUACUGUUGGCCGUCAUGUCAAGCGCAUUAUGUCUGGAGUCCCCCGUGAUGUUGAGUUUGAAUUGGAACGAUGGGAUAGAUGCUUGAAAUACAUAAAUGGUGUGGAUGUUCCUAGAGAUAUAAAGAAGGUACUCCAACAUGCCACAGCAUUUUUCUUGGAUAGGCAUGCAACUGUUAAGAAGCUAUCCAAUUUUGGGAUUCAAAAUAUGGUGAAACUAAAAUGCUUAGUUAUGGGGGAAUGUAGUGAGGUUCAAGUGAUUAUAGAUGAAGCAGAUGGUUAUGAAGAAGAUGAUAGCGAUGAAAUAGUAUCUGAAUCAUAUGAUACUGAAAAAAUUGUUCUUGGUUCACUUGAAUACAUGUAUGUAUAUUAUAUGGAGAGUUUAAGGAGCAUGUGGGAGGGGCCACUACAGCCGGAGUCUUUAGUUUGUCUCAAGUCCUUGACAUUGUGCACGUGUCCCCAAUUAACCACUAUUUUCACACCAGGGUUGCUUGCUAACCUGUGCAACUUAGAAGAGCUUAAAGUUGAUGACUGCCCCUCCAUCAAAAGCAUAGUAAGCCAUGAUAUAACUGCUGAGCAUAAAAUCUCUUAUUUUCUCCCAGAAUUGAAGAAGAUUUCACUUCAUUACAUGCCUGAAUUAGUUAGCAUCUCUAAAGGUUUACACAUUGCUCCAAAAUUGGAAUGGUUGAGUUUUUAUGCUUGCCCAAAGCUUAAGAACCCUUUAGUUGGGGAAGUAUCUAGUCAAUGUUUGAAGAAGAUCAAGGGUGAGACAAGUUGGUGGGAAGCGCUGGAGUGGAGCAAUGGUCGUCCAGGUUAUUUGGAUGAAAUUUUUGUUCCAAUUGACAUAUGGGAUUGCUGAGCACCUGAAAUGUUCCCUAAUAAAAAAUUAGUCUGUGCAUUGCCUUAGGCAAAUUCAAUGUUUCAAUGUCAAUGAUAAUGUGUGAAAACUGAGGCAUCCUUAGACCAAUUUCUGUUGGCUAUUCUUAUACCCUUGUAGAUGCUAUGGCGAUGAGACCUUACUUUCAUUUAAUAUAGCCCUUUAGCCUGAUGUAUCUUUCUCAUGCUGCUGUUGGGGCUUUUUUCCAACACACAUUUGUAAAAAA